AUGUCGCUGUCCAAGGUGAGUCUCUCACUCACAGAGAGACUCGACUUCAUUCCUGCGCUGGCCACGAUCGUGGUGGCCGGCUUCUACGCGCUGUUGACGGGCGUUUGGCGCUCCGAGCGCCAGGCCAAAUCGCUAUUGCUGCAUUUCGGCUAUGCCAUCUUCCGCCAGGCCACCGCGCGCCUGUCGCCCACGCAGAUGCAGGCCAUCUUGCCCCGGACCAACAAGGUCUACGAUCGCUAUGCGAAACAGACUGGCCUCUCCGCGCAGACUGUGGAUUUGGGCGACGGCGCGCUGGGCCACUGGGUCGGUGACCGCGACGCAACCAACGUGUUGAUCUGGUUUCAUGGAGGAGGCUUCGCCCUGCCCGCCAGUAUAGCCCACUUCAAGUUCUUCUCUCAGCUCAUCCAACAUUGUAACCGCGGCGGCAAGAGGCUCGCUAUCUUCAGCCUCACCUACUCGCUCGCCCCGCAGCACGCAUACCCGACGCAAUUGCGCCAAGCCGUCGCCGCGACUCGCUACAUCCUCUCCCAGUCCGACCGCGACCCGGCCACCGUCUUCCUGGGCGGCGACUCGGCCGGUGGGAACCUUGUCGGCGGUGUCUUGUCACAUCUCGCCCACCCACACCCCCAGAUCGAGCCAAUCGCACACCUCACCGGCGCAAACGCCCAGCUCGGGGGUGCCGUGAUGAUCGCCCCCUGGACGUUGCUCGACACCGAGUUCCCGGGCCAGGAGAUCUAUCACGGCGGUGACAUAAUCACCACGGCCGUCGCGGGGCCAUGGUCCAGCGCCUAUCUGGGGCCCCAGCCCGCCCGCGACUUCUACACCGAUCUCUCCAAUGCCCCCACCGACUGGUUCGCACGCUUCCCAGUCCAGGCAAUCCUGGUGACCUGCGGCGGCAAUGAAAUCAUGAUGCCGAUCAUCCAGGACUUUGCGCAGAAGCUGCAGGCUGGCUUCCCCACGGCCGAGCUGUUCGUCGGCUUGCGCGAGUGCCAUGUCGCCCCCGUCUAUAACCUGGAAUUGGGCGAUAAGACCGAGACCGAGCAGGGUAAGAAGGUGAAGACGUGGUUGGUGGAACAUGCGCGGUAA